CUGUGGUAGACUUACACCUUCCUCUUUUUCAUCUUCAAGUCAGAGAGCAAAGCGCAGUCACAGAGAGAACACUAAGCUUAAGAUUGUGAGGGACAGAGAGCAGCCAGGGAGGCUUGGGCUGGAUGAGAGGGGAGACGGGUCGGGGUAAAGGUGUUGAGGACCAUGGCUGAGGCCAUCACCUAUGCAGACCUGCGGUUUGUGAAGGCUCCCCUGAAGAAAAGCAUCUCUGGCCGCUUAGGACCAGAUGCAGAGGCCUACGAGGAUGAGGAUGGGGAACUCACAUAUGAGAACGUACAAGUGCCAACAGUCCCCAGUGGGGUGGGCUUGGUUUCUUCUGGGGUAGGGGACAGAGCAGGGGUCAGUUCGGAGCAGAAGACUGCGUCCUGGAGCUCCGCGACCUCGCCGGCUGUCGCGUGGAUUCUCGCUUGCCCUGCUACCUGCUUGCAACACCUCUUACUAGGCCUAGUCCUCACCUGCCUGCUGUUAGGAGUGGCUGCUAUCUGCCUGGGAGUGCGCUAUCUGCAGGUUUCUCAGCAGCUCCAGCACAUGAACAGGGUUCUGGAAGCCACUAACAGCAGCCUUCAGCAGCAGCUCCACCAAAGAAUAACUCAGCUGGGGCAGAAGGAAGAGGACCUGCAGGAGUCCAGUAAAGAGCUGGCUCGGAGUCAGGAAGCGCUACAGGAGGAGCAGAGGAGUCACCAGGCUGCCAAGGAGCAGCUAAACACCUGCCAGGUGGAUGGGCAGAAGACCACAGAGGCCUUGCAAGGGGAGGAGAAGCAGAGGGAAGCCUUGGAGCAGAGGCUGAGGACCACGCAGGACACGCUGAAGCACUUCUUCACAUGCCCUUCAGAAGACACCUGCUGUCUGAUGGGAUGGACACUUCAUGAGAAGCGCUGCUUUUACUUCUCACCUACUGAGAAGACUUGGGAGGAGAGCAAAAACCAUUGCACAUCUCUGUCCUCCAAGCUGGCCACCUUCCUUCAACCUUAUCAGUCUUAUUCACAGUUACUCCCCAGCAGCUUCAGUAAAUUAUUGUCAGGUGGUGGCUCAGAUACAUAUUGGAUUGGCCUCAACACUGAUAGGGCCCAGCGGGGGACUUGGUUGACUGAUUCACAAUACUGGUAUUAUCAAACCCUAAACUGUGCCAAGGUACAAAAACAUAGGUCAUGGUCAGCCUGGGAGACAGAGAAAUGUACAGAGUCUCUUCGGUACAUCUGUGAACUGGCAGCUUUCAAGUUUCCAAACUGGGACCACUCUUUGCACUGA